AUGGUAGUAUUUGUGGUGCUGGAAUUAGUACUAGUGCCUCUGGCAAUGUGUAAGGUUCCUCUUCCUAUCCUUCACAAAUUCCAGAAAUCAGGGGACCUCAUCAUUGCUGGCGUUAUAUCACAGAUCUACCUGUUUACCAGUCCAAUAACGUUUGAAAAACGUCCCUCUGAGGAAUUGUUUGAUGAACUUUUCUAUUUCACACCAAGUUGGACCUACCUUGCCUCGAUGGAACUUCUCUCCACACAGGGCAGACUCAUCCCCAACUACAAGUGUGAUGCCCAACUCAAUCCAGUCUCAGUCAUCACGGGACCGAACUCUGACAUCUGUCUCCACAUGGCAACCAUUCUUUGCAUCUACAAGAUGCCACAGAUCACGUAUGGCUCUGCACCAAAGAUGGAUAACAAGACACAAUCUGUUUACUUCCACCGGAUGUUCCCAAAUCAGAUGCAUCAAAAUAUGGGGAUUCUACAUUUACUGCUGUAUUUCAGGUGGACAUGGAUUGGGGUGCUUUUUGUGGAUGAUGAAACUAAAGAGGAAUUUCUACAAGAAAUUAUUCCCAUAUUUUCCCAGAAUGAUAUUUGCAUAGAUUUCCUAACAAGUUUCCCAGCAAUUACAUUUGCCAGUGGAAUUGCUUUGAAGUUGGCAGAGGGGGUUGAAACAUACAAAAUGGUUAUGCAAAGCACUGCCAACAUUUUGGUCCUACAUGGAGAAAUUCAGACGAUGAUAAUUUUGAGGUUGUUCCUUCAACUUCCAGAACUCGAAGAUAUACCUGUAAAGGCAAAAGGUAAAAUCUGGAUUUUAACAGCUCAGAUGGACUUCACCUCACUACCCUUUCAAAGAAAUUGGAACAUCAGUUUUAUCCAUGGUGCCAUCUCCUUUGCAAUUCACUCAGUGGAGCUCUCACGAUUCCAGAAAUUUCUUCAAGAGAAAAGUCUUACCUCUGAACAGGAAGAUGGCUUCAUCAGGCACUUUUGGCAACAAGCAUUUCUUUGCUCAUUUUCCAAAUUUGCAGUGGACAAGGAGGAUGGGGAAAUCUGCACUGGAGAGGAGAAACUGGAAGCACUUCCCAGAUCUGUUUUUGAAACAAUCACAACUGCUCAUAGCUACAGCAUCUAUAAUGGUGUCUAUGCUGUGGCGCAUGCAUUGCAAGACAUGCUGUUCUCCAGAUUCAAUCGCAGAGCAAUAAUACAUGGUGGGGGAUGGAAUCUUCUAGAUCAAGAAUGGCGGGAGUUGCAUGCUUUUCUGAGAAGUGUUUCCUUCAACAACAGUGCUGGGGAAACCAUUUCCUUCAACCAAAAUGGGGAAUUAGUAACUGAAUUUGAUAUUGUCAACUGGGUCACAUUCCCAAACCAGUCCUUUCUCAGAGUCAAAAUCGGAAAGACAGAUUCAACUGCUCCCCCAGACAAAAGGUUAAUCGUUCAUGACAAUAGCAUUGCAUGGCCCUCCUUGUUCAACCAGGUGCAGCCUGUUUCUGUUUGCAAUGAGAAUUGCCCUUCUGGUUAUAGCAGGAGAAAGAAGGAAGGGAAGCCUUUUUGCUGCUAUGAUUGCCUUCCAUGUCCAGCAGGGAAGAUUUCAAAUGAGCUGGACAUGAAUAAAUGUUCUCCAUGUCCAGAACGUCAGUAUCCAAACAAAAAGCAGAAUUUAUGCCUGGCCAAAGACAUAAGCUUUUUGUCUUAUGGAGAACCUUUGGGGAUCAGUCUGGCCACUGUUGCUCUUUUCUUCUCUUUCAUUACAGUUUUGGUGCUCAGGAUCUUUAUUAAGCACCGAGACACCCCCAUAGUCAAAGCCAACAACCGGGCCCUCACCUACUCCCUCCUCAUCUCCCUCCUGCUCUCCUUCCUUUGUGCUUUGCUAUUCAUUGGCCAGCCUGAGAAAGUGACCUGUCUCUUCCGCCAAACUGCUUUCGGCAUCAUCUUCUCGGUGGCUGUUUCUUGUGUAUUAGCCAAAACUGUUACUGUCAUCCUAGCUUUCAUGGCCACCAAGCCAGGAUCCAGAAUGAGGAGAUGGGUAGGGAAAAAGCUGUCCAAUGCCAUUGUCCUUUCAUGUGCCCUUUUACAAGCUACUCUUUGUACUGUGUGGUUAGCAACAUCUCCCCCAUUCCCAGACUUUGACAUGCACUCAAUGACUGAGAAAAUUGUGCUGGAAUGUAAUGAAGGGUCGGUCACCAUGCUUUAUUGUGUCCUGGGCUUUCUGGGCUUCCUCGCCAUCAUCAGUUUCACAGUGGCCUUCUUAGCCAGGAAGUUACCCGACAGUUUUAACGAAGCCAAAUUCAUCACCUUCAGCAUGUUGGUCUUUUGCAGUGUUUGGCUCUCAUUUGUUCCCACCUACUUGAGCACCAAGGGGAAAUACAUGGUUGCUGUGGAAAUCUUCUCUAUCUUAGCCUCCAGUGCUGGGCUCCUGGGAGGCAUCUUUUUCCCAAAAUGCUACAUCAUUGAACUAAGGCCUGAGUUGAACAAAAGAGGACAACUUAGUAAAGCAAAGAAUUAA